ACACCAUCACGUGAUGACAAAAGAGUAAAAGAUAAAAAAAUGUGAAAGUACCCUAACCCUGAUUUAUAAUAAAGUUGAGACAGUGUGAACGCCGUGAACUUUGACGAACGUGACAAAUUAGUUUACCUUGGUGGCGGUGUUUAAAAUCAUUUUGCAACAACAAUGUUGAUCUCGCGAUACAUUUGGUCCUAUUAUAAUGAUAAAUAUUUCUUUAUCACUGCACAAAACAAGUUAGAUACUCAAAAUGGCAUUUAAAGCUCUGAGAAAUUGGAAUCGGUUUUAUUCAAUGGUAAAUAAUGAAACCUUUAGGGCUACAACCUAUAAACUUAGAUAUGUUGGUGCUGGACUGGUUGCCACAAGUGUUGUUGUCUAUAGCACCAAAGAAUCCAACGUCCAUGCAGCACAACCAGAACUGAACCUCAAGCAUUUCAUGGCAGAACCGAUUACCAGUGUAGAGCAUUUAAAGAAACAUCGCAAUGAUAUGAAGACAAAAAUGGAACUUCUUAUUAUGAAGAUUCAGGCAGACUUUGUAAAAUCUCUGGAAUCCUUGGAAGAGGAUGACACUAGAUUCAAAAUUGAUAGAUGGUCAAGGAAAGAAGGUGGAGGAGGCAUUACUUGUGUAAUGCAAGAUGGUCAGGUAUUUGAGAAAGCUGGAGUUAAUAUUUCUGUUGUCACUGGAACGUUGCCUCCAAGUGCUGUGCAACAAAUGAGGGCCAGAGGAAAACAAAUGGAUGAGGGAUCUCUACCUUUCUUUGCAGCUGGUGUUAGUGCAGUUAUUCAUCCUAGAAAUCCAAUGGUGCCAACAAUCCAUUUUAACUAUCGCUAUUUUGAAGUGACAAAUAAGGAUGGUUCUACACAGUGGUGGUUUGGAGGUGGCACAGAUCUAACACCGUAUUACCUGAAUGAAGAGGAUGCCACACAUUUUCAUCGUACUCUGCAGCAAGCCUGUGAUAAGCAUGAUCCAACUUACUAUUCAAAAUUCAAAAAAUGGUGCGAUGACUAUUUUCACAUACCACAUAGAGGAGAGAGAAGAGGAGUUGGGGGUAUUUUCUUUGAUGAUUUGGACACCCCCAGUCAGCAAGAAGCUUAUAAAUUUGUUGAAUCAUGUGCUCACGCUGUAAUCCCAUCUUACAUACCACUGGUUGAAAAGCACAAGAAUGAUGGCUAUGGCUAUGCUGAAAGACAGUGGCAGUUGUUAAGGAGAGGCAGAUAUGUAGAAUUCAAUCUUAUUUACGAUAGAGGAACUAAAUUUGGACUUUAUACACCUGGUGCUCGUUAUGAAAGUAUUCUGAUGUCUCUACCUCUAACUGCUAGGUGGGAAUACAUGCAUGAACCCAAGCCAGAUUCAAGGGAAGGCAAACUGAUUGACGUUUUGAAGAAUCCUAGGAAUUGGCUUGACAUUAAGGCUUAGAUGAUUGGAUGAGAUUGUAUAGUUCAUAACUUUUAAUUAGAAAAAGAAUAUUAUUCUUACAACAUAAAUAAUAUUUAUUUGUUGAAUUAGUUAUAAAAUAGGUGUUGAGGUACUGAAUAUUCUUUUAUAUUACUCUAUAAAUACAAUAACUAUGUCUAGGUCCAGAAAAAGUAUUAAUUUUUAUCAUAAACUUAUAAUGUUAAAAAUUGUACUUAACAAAAGAUAAUGAGAAUUGGAUUAUAAUUGCUGCUCUUGCUGUAAAGGUAUAACUGAAUUGUAAAUAUUGUUGGAGGGAACUAUUUUUUAUAUGAUAUAUAAUGUUCGAGAACAAGGAUUAAGAAACACGGACGUUAAUAAAUAUUUUGAGUUUUAUUAA